AGUAGUGGUUUGAGUGAAUUACUGAUAUAAACAUAUUUUGUUGUUAUGGAGCCAGCAAAGAAAUGAGAGCGUUCUGAAGUUCUGGGAGGAAAAAAAAUCAUAUAAACAAAUUAAACCUGUCUAUGUAUAAGAAACUAUAAUAAUUUAAUUGGCAAAAUCAGCAAGCACAAUCAAAUCCUCAUAUUUUACAAUUCACUUUUAAGCCCACACUUUUCAUGUGAAGUAAUCAGAGAUGGACUAGAGCUGGUUAAUAAAAACUAAUUAAUUUAGGUGUGUGUUUGUCUGUAGGUUCACAAUAAAAAGUCCUGCUGGAGCCUCCACUGCAUGUAGUAGACUAUUAUCUGCACUUCAUCGUUUUGACCACCAGAUGUCACUAGUGUGCAGUGUCUUGAAAAAGCUUCGACUAAUGAAUUCUUUUCUGAAGCAGUUCGGAGCUCCAGUGUUUCAGAAAGCUUCCGUUUGCCAUCACUACUUUUCUGAUCCCACACAGACGUCAUCGGAUUUUUUAAAAUGUGCUAUCGUAUACAGAUUGAGGUCGCUGCACGCUGACACAGCUGACACAUUUUACACAGACGCUCCCUGGAAGUGGUACCGGCUGACUGAGCAGGUCAUGUGACCAGCCACAGGCACACUAAUAGGAAACGCAGCAUAACAGGGAAGAGGGAACAGGCGAGGGCUCGUAGUGGAGUGAAAUGGUCAGAAUCCAGUUUAAUAGCACAAUAUCCAGUUAACUCUAUUAGAAAUGUGCAUUUUCAGUAAUAACUUAAGGUAUUUGCAUAAUAAUAUCUGACUGCAGCUGCUCUCUAUCUUGUGUGACCGUGGAUGCAGGAUCUCCACAGUGAAGCUUCAGAGCGCUGAGACAGUUUGUAGCAAACACAGCCAAGCAGCACAGCCAUGGCUUCUGAUAUCAACUAUCAGGACGGGCCAGUGUUUCCCCAAAUAAACGAGAGCCCAGCAGAUGAUGAUGAGCCCAUCCACCCGAACAGUCCUUCCCGCAGGCAGAGCGAGUACGAGCGAAUUGGGGGCAGAGCUGGAUCCUCUUUCUUACAGACAUUAGUUCAUUUACUGAAAGGAAACAUCGGUACAGGACUGCUCGGCUUGCCUCUAGCUGUGAAGAACGCAGGGCUCCUGAUGGGCCCUCUGAGUCUGCUGGUGAUGGGGAUUGUGGCUGUACAUUGCAUGCACAUCCUUGUGCAAUGUUCACACCAUCUGAGCACAAAGUUAGGGAAGCCAUUUCUGUCCUAUGGAGAGGCAGUGGAAUACGGGAUGGAGAAUGUGUCUUGGUUAAGAAGGCAUUCUGUAUGGGGAAGACGUGUGGUGAAUUUGUUCCUGAUCAUCACUCAGCUGGGCUUCUGCUGUGUGUACUUUGUAUUCCUGAGUGACAAUGUCAAACAGGUAAUUGAGGCAGCCAAUGGGACCACAAUGAACUGCAACACCAAUGAGACUGCAGUGAUUGUUCCAAGCUUUGACUCUCGCAUCUACAUGGUUAUCUUCCUCCCCUUCAUUAUCGCACUGGUGUUUAUCCGCAACCUAAAGUUCUUGGCGCCUUUCUCCUUCGUGGCUAACAUGGUCAUGUGUGCCAGCUUGAUGCUUAUCUACUACUACUGCCUAACGAACAUUCCACACCCUGUUAACCUUCCAUUGGUUGGAAAAGCCGUUGACUACCCUUUAUUCUUUGGAACUGCUAUAUUUGCCUUUGAAGGAAUCGGCGUGGUCCUGCCACUAGAGAAUAAAAUGCAGAAACCGCAGAACUUCAGCAAAGUGCUGUACUUGGGAAUGGGUAUCGUCACCAUGCUGUACAUCUCCCUCGGCACAAUCGGCUACAUCUGCUUCGGUGGGCGCAUAGGGGGUAGCAUCACCCUCAAUUUACCCGACUGCUGGAUGUAUCAGAUUGUGAAGCUGCUGUACUCGUUUGGGAUCUACAUUACAUAUGCACUGCAGUUCUAUGUGCCAGCCGAAAUCCUGAUUCCCCCGGCAGUGGCGCGGGUCAGGCCCAGGUGGGCACUGCUCGUGGACCUCAGCAUCCGUGUGGGCCUCGUCCUCCUUACAUGUGUAUUGGCUAUUCUGAUUCCAGAGCUGGACCUGGUCAUCUCAUUGGUAGGUUCAAUCAGCAGUAGUGCUCUAGCACUCAUAUUUCCUCCUCUGCUGCAGAUCCUCACCUUCCACACAGAGGGAUAUUCAGCCUGGGUGCUAAUUAAGAACAUUGUCAUCAGCUUUUUGGGCCUGGUAGGCUUUGUAGCCGGGACCUACAUCUCCAUCGUGGAGAUCAUCCACCGCAGUCAUUCUAAGCACAUUGACGCCUUUCAGGUCUUUUGGUGACAGUCCUAUUAAACAGAUAGUUUGUAGACUGGUUGGGCCAUUUCUUAUCUGCACGGCCCACUGAUUUUAAUGUAACUUAUACUUGAGGUAAUUUUGGGUUGAAAUAAUACCUCAGCUUUAUUACAGUGAAGCUAUUCAUCUUGAAUUCACCUUGAAGCACUUUAAGUGGUUCAUAUUUGAAUAUUCUCCAAAACUGGAAUAUGUACAAACCACAAAGAUGAAGUUUAUGAAUUAUUAUGGACUAGUUACAGCCAAUGUCAUAGAAAUACCAUUGUUUUAACCUUGGGGUAUUAUUUAUUUUGGUUUUUUUUAUACGUUUCUUUUAUUUCAUUUAGUUCACAAGAUUUUUAUGUGAUCAGGUCACAAGUUACAACGUGCUCAAGACCAUUAAAUCCAAUCUGAAUGUUAAUUUUAUUGCUCAUUGCUAUAGUAUGUUUCUCAUUAAGAAUAAUUAUCCAAACUGAAAUCCGGAGGAAUAAUAUUGAGCUAGAUUUUAUCAUUUCAUGCAAAGUGCUGUUUAAAAUGGUCACGUUUAACCAUUUAUAGCCAUUGGCAUGUUUUUAUAUUAGCGAAAUGUCCUUUUUAAGUUCACUGUAUGUUUUCUGUUUUGUUCAAUGAUUACAUUGAACAUCAGUUUUUACAUCAGUUAUUAUAUUAGCACCAAAUUGCUUUGUUGUAUAACAUUCUUAUUAUUUACUUGCAGGGAUUUUUUUUUUGCCAGUAUACUACAAGGUAAAAUGGUUAGAAACAUUAUUAGCUGGAAAAAUCUAUUAAUUUUUUAAUGUGUUUUUUUAACUCUUUUUUUAAAACUUUUUUUGGUUUUAACAAACCAAUCAUUACCAGUGUUAUAAUUUCCUUUUUAAAAGAUAAGUCAAGACUGAUAAGGAAAAAAGAUUCUUCACACCUGACUUGGAAAGUUUUUUAGAUGAUUUUAUAAAAAAAAUGUGUUGUAUAGAUUUGUUUUUUUUUCUUUUCCUACAAACAAGCACGCUAUAUAAUAAUAUAACAUGAAAGAGUAAACAUCGUUUUGAGUGAUUAUGAUAUAGUGAGCUUCCUGUUUUCCUGAAGAGAAACCUUACAGGUCAUUAUAGUCUUUUUCUGUUUCCUGUUCCUGAUCAUGCAAUGUCAGUGCCAAACAAAAAAAAAAAGAAAUAUUGUUUUACAAGUUUUGCUGUACUUUUUUAUUGCACCACUGUACUGUUUGUUUAUUUUUAAUAUAUUAAUGCUGUUUUGUGGGAUUCGUAUUCACAAAACUUCAUUCUAGAUAAAUGUAAACUUAAUAGUUUAUCAUGAAUAAAUAAUUAGUGUUAUGGUUUCAUAAAAACAUAUAAAACCAUGUAAAGCUUAUGUCUAAAUGUGUAAGAUGAAAUUUAAAAUCAAGAUAGUUUGGUUUUACUGCAUCAUAUCUCUUUAGAUGCUGUCAAAUACUGUCUACUGUCUGUAAAUACUGAAAGCCGCAAGUGAACGCACUGUGUUCGAGAUCAUUGUGUGCAUGACAAUACCACGAUACUCCAGAUACUGGAAUGAAGUCUGCUGUGUCUGAAUGUCGUGCUUAGUAGAGGCCUGUGUUCAGGUUUACUAGCUACAACAGUGUCAGCAACUCCAGAUAGGUAGUGAAGUGCUGUUAGUGAGCUCCAGUUACACACGUGAUAUAUAAUUCCAGUCUCCUGUGAUGCAUGAUAACUGGGUUAUUAUGUGACUUCAAUCUGUUCUGAUUCAGUUUUGGUAAAAAUGUCCAACAGAUGAAGUGGAUUAAUAUUAUUUUAUUAUUGAUGACAAAUGUUUAUCUGAUGAUAAAGCAUUACAAAUAUACAA